CGUGAACUUAGACCGCGACCACGUGAGUCCAUGUUGAUGCGAAGGGAAGGAAGAACGGAGUCACGAAUAGCUCAGACAAAGUUCGUUAUCCAUAGGUUUUUUUUGUGCGGGUUAAAGUGUUUGAAAGUGUUCUAAGAAAUAAUACUUUGAUUUUAUUUCCCCUGUUAUUUACACGAAAUAAAAUAUAAUAUAAUUUAGUUUGAUAUCCAAUAGGGUGUUUUAAUAAGAAAAGAAUCGCAGCUUUUAUUAAAUGUCCUAUUAUUCCGAGCUUCGUUAGGGCAAGUUCUUAAUACAUGUACCGGGACGUACGAGAACGUGAAAUCACGAUAUACCGUCGGAUCAGCGGAUUAAUAUCGAAGUGAAAAGUAGGACUCGUACAGAAUUCUACCCACUAUGAGACCUUGGCUAGUAUUAGAAUCUACAGUUAAAUCUGAAGAAAAUGACAGUAAAAAGCCUACAUCGCAUUUUCGACUUUGGCUAACGCUCUUAGUGUCACUUUCAACGUAUUUAUUAACUACAGGACACCCUGUAACACCAAAUAUUUCCCUUCGCACUGACGUCGAUGCUGUUGUCUUCCUGUCAAAGUUUGGUUACCUGCCUCAGACAGACCUUGCGUCCAGAGAACUCCGAAAUGAAACGCAACUCCGGGACGCCAUCAGGCAGAUGCAACGAUUUGCAGGUAUCAAAGAAACGGGUGAACUGGAUGAAGGAACAAUAGCUCUAAUGAAACGAAGACGUUGUGGAAUGCCCGACCUGAUUGGCUCGUCGGAAAGGAUUAAACGUUACGCCAUACAAGGACAGAAGUGGAGUAAGAACUUACUGACCUGGAGUAUAAAUGACUGGCCAGAGGGGGCAAACACUAGUAUGAUCAGAGAACAACUGGCCAAAGCCUUCCACAUCUGGAGUGAAGUGUCCAAACUGGAGUUUCAGGAGGUUCAAGCCACUGAUGCGGAUAUUGGGAUUUCCUUCUUUCGUGGUUACCAUGGUGAUGGAUAUCCCUUCGAUGGGAAGGGAUUAGUCUUGGCACAUGCAUUUUUUCCUGGAGAUGGACUGGGAGGAGAUACACAUUUUGAUGGAGAAGAACUGUGGAUUCGUGGUCAACCUAGUUCUGACAGUGAAGGCGUUGAUCUAUUCUCUGUAGCAGCUCACGAGUUCGGACACUCUUUAGGGUUAGCUCACAGUUCUGUUAUUGACUCACUGAUGUUUCCUUACUACCAGCCUAUUGGCGACGAUUUGAGACUGCCCUAUGAUGAUGCCGUUGGGGUCCAACAGUUAUAUGGUGCUCGAAAACUCCCCAAAUGGGAACCAUUACCUCCUGGCACGAUCCCUACGACACAACACACCACCACCAAUCUCUAUGAGACGACAACAUAUGUCGAGGAUGGCUCUCACCUUACUCCUCCACCAGAUGAUGAAAAUUUGGUACCUUCCACAAGGCCUCCACGCCCUCUCGCUCCGGACGCCUGCAACUCUUCCAUUGACGCUCUAUCAAUUAUCAGACGAGAACUUUUCAUUUUUAAAGGAAAGUACUUCUGGAGACUGAACAGUAAAGAAAUGAACAACAGCGAUUCAUCUCCUCCUCCUCCUCCGUUGGCCAUUGACCGUUUUUGGUAUAAUCUACCUGCUGACUUGGACAGGGUGGAUGCUGUGUAUGUUCGUCCACUUGAUGAUAAGAUUGUUUUCUUUUUAGGAAAUCGAUUUUGGCUGUUUAAUGCCAACAUUCCAGAACCAGGCUAUCCUCGUCCACUAACAGAUCUUGGGCUUCCAGCGAACCUACAACAUGUUGAUGCAGCUCUAGUGUGGGGCCAUAAUGGUAAAACAUAUUUAUUCACUGGGCAACAGUACUGGAGAUUUGAUGAAGUAGAGGGCAGAGUGGAAUUGGACUACCCUCGUAGCAUUAUCAUGUGGAGGGGUGUUCCAGCUGGGAUUGAUGCAGCUCUUCAGUGGGAAGAUGGAAAAACGUAUUUUUUCAAAGACGAAUACUUUUGGACAUUUGACGACAAAAGAAUGAAAACAGAUGCACAAGGACCAAAACUCAUAUCCAGUUUCUGGUUCGGCUGUUCUGUUCAACACCAACAAACUGUUCUGGCAUCAAACGAGGAGACGCCCACUGGACAGCUGAGUGGUGGUGAUGUGGUUGGGAAUGGUGUACCUUACAUUAUAGAAAGGACGUCAGUUUUUCGAUGCAUUUUCAUCCUAAUGCUGUGUGUUGCACACACCUGGAUGUACACAACACUUAGACAAAUGAAAAUACCUCUUUAGACUUGGAAGUAUUUAGAUAAAUUUUGUUGGCUCUGUUAACUAAAACAUACGAGUAUGAAUCAAAAUACAAAUUGUAAUAGGUGAAUAACAUUUGGACCAAUAGUGCUUGAAUUCAAUAACACACUGGGUAUUUUGAACACUUGGACCAAUGGUGCUUGAAUUCAAUGCACUGGAUAAAUCAUUCUCUUUAGCAUGGAAUGAUGUGCAAAUAAAAUACUGUUGUUUAGUAUAAAACAUAUAUACAUAUUUUUACACAAUAUAUUAAUGUUUGAUUCCAUUCCCUCUGUGAUUUUAAAGCAUUCACACAGAGGAAAGCCAUAUUAAUAUAACUCUUCACAAUCCAUAUAUGAUGUUGUACUCAUGUACAAUGUAAAUAAAAUAUUCUUACCAGGUCA